GCCAUGAUCAACCUCGUGAUAGCUUUUUGAUGUCGCCUCAGCUCUGAAGCUCUAGCCUCUUGCCCUGCUUCAUGUCAAAAAAAUGAGCAUGGGGAAACACACACCGCAAGCGCAAGGGGUACAGAUACCUCAGGAAAGCCUCGACGAAAGCUCAACGUGAACCUUUUUGUUCCCAGUGCCUCUUUCGUUCCCGUUUCUCUUGCUACCUCGCACAAAUGAUACGAACUCGGAAAAGUCAACGGCUACCAAAGUAUCGCAAACCAUGCAAGCAAGCGCAAUUCUUCCGAAAGCAUCACUGCACCAGAACACCAGAGCCAAAAAGCCAACAGGAUGAUUGAUAAAAUUUCCGAAGCUUGUCCCUGUCUGGUUUUCUCAUCCAUUGCCUGGCGUGCCUGAGGUGGUUACACUCCAUGUCACAGAACGAAACUGACGGGGCUGACGGGAGAUGGGGCAUCGAACUUCCACUUUGUCAUUCUGCAUCGCAUCGAUUUACAUGCAUCGAUUCACACCACACACACUGGAAAAAGCAACAAGGACAGCAGUUCGGGUAGGGAUACAGGCAGAUGAGGCUUGCUUCCUGCACAUGCUUAUCCUUGAUGUGCAUUGCUGCUUCAUGUGCGUCGUACCCGUUGAGCAGGAAGCAGAGCUUUCUUGCAGACUGCAAUGCAGCCUGGCACUCAACGUGCCCGAAUAUUGUCGGGCCGGGUCAUGUCUGGUGUGUAUUAGAAAGUUCACUUCGCAAGUAUCGUACCGCCCUGAUUUAUCGAGAAAGGUACGAAAUCACAGAGCAUGGGGCUUACGUACCAUUUAUCUUCUCAACUCGUUCAAGUGUGUUACACACAACGGCUUCGACGGGAGGGAAGCAACUUCCAGUACUUAUCAAGGCUGCCUGCCCGAGGACAAGCGCGCAAUACCGGACUGGUUUAUCAGCUCCAUGGCUAUCUGCAUUCUUCUUAUGCUGGAUCUUCCCAAUCUGAAGAUGAAUCGACAACGGCCAGUCCCCGGGUGUCAUGGCCAGUCAUGCGACCGGGUCAAAUCAGCCAUGACAAGACAGGGCAGGACAGGGCAAGACAGGGCAGGACAGGGCUUACUUCAUGUUCCCCCAUAAUUUGAACCGACACAGGACACAGGACACAGGAUACAGGACGAGAGAGCGUACAGAAAGACGGAAGUGGCUACUACCGAGUCGUUGUCGUGGAACUUGAAUAGCAGCAUGUCAGUUGGGAUGCUUGCAAUUUCAAGUGCAAGGCUUGCACUGCACUGCAAAUAAAAGGGAUUUCUAGAUUGUCUUUCAUCCAUC